ACAAACACACCCUCACACGUCACACAGACAGACUCAUCAUAGAGCACCUACAGAGGCGCUGAAACUCAGACAAGUGCAGGGAGAUGCUAGCAGCCGGCAACCUCUGACACCAACCUUCAGAGCCCAGCUGAUACAGACACACUGCACCUUCACCUCCAAAGAGGUCAACCCACUCCUACCGCACAAAGGACGAGCACCUGUCAAAGGGCACUUCAGUGACCUCUAGCAGUUACACUGUACCCGAUCCCUCAUCCUUUAAAGAAAAGGGAACCUGACUCUGAGUGGGGAAGGAAAAGGGAGUGAUCAUACCUCACCACUGAAACGCGACGCACUGGACAGGGAGACAGAGUGGCUGACGGCUGUCACUAGCGCCCGAGCAGCAGAGGCAAAAUGCUGGCUAAAAUUCUUGAAGACAUGUGGGUAGAGCCAGAGGUGCUGGAGGCCCUCAGUGAGGAGCAGAAGAGGAUCCUGUUCUUGAAGAUGAGAGAGGAGCAGGUACGUCGCUGGAGAGAGCGAGAGGAGAGGGAGGGGAGAGAAGGCCGGAACAAUAACAGCAGCAGGCCAAAGAAAGGUUCCCAUAAACAUGUGAGCUGGCUGCUCGGCUGGGAUGGAGACGUGAGCGUCAGUAUAAUCAGAGAGGUGGAUGAAUUCAGAUCCUCCAAACUCCUCCACAGUCUCAUGAACAACAGUGACCAUAUGAAUGGCAUCCAGACAGUGGAAUUGCUGCCAGGAAGAGAUGCCCAGCUGCCCUGCUUUAAAGAAGACAUCCAGCUGCCCUUCACAGAUGUUACUGAUGACGUGACUCCACCAAAUGAUCAGUCAUCUGAACAGGACAUGGACUCCUGCAGCACUGAUGACAACAUGAAGGAGCCUGCUGAGGACAGUGACAGUGGAACAGGCAGCAGCUCAGACAACCUCAGUGACUGGACUCCUCUCUACAGGUCCCAUUUUAGUAGCUAUGGCAACCAGCUGCCACUCAAAGCCCAGCUGUCAGAGAAAGCCGGCACACAAGCCAGAGAACUUCUGUGUUGUGAUGAGAAGGAGUCAGAACAUGGAAGCCGCGUGGCACAGCUAAGGAAGGCAUUCAAUGCAGAUCCUCACAGCACAACACCAGUCUACCCCAAACCUCCUUUACCUGCCAAACCAGCACAUCUACAGAAAAGAAGCACAUCCCUGAUCCAUUAAAGCUCCUCGUGUGUCCACAACACUUGACCUCCAGAACACACUGUACUGAGUGGAACAAACCCUGUGCAAAAACAAUGGCUCAGUUACACACUGAUGGACCAGGCUGAGGCCAUGUACACGUGAAGAAGAGGAUACUUACUUGAACAUGUCCAGGCAGAUGGAGUGAAAGAAAGACUUGCAAGCUUUUACGCUCAAGUCAACCUGAAUGAUAAAAUGAAGCAGCUUUGACAUUGUUUCAAAUACAUUGCUUCUCUGAUGCACACACACACACACCGAGACUACUGAGGGCACCGGUUCACUUAACAAGGCUGGUGGUUUGAUGCCUUUCCAACAUUAUGUAGAGGUGUUCAUGAGAAAGACCUUGAUGCCCUGACUGUUUCUGGUGCUCAGGUUGGUGCUCAUCAGUGUGUUCAUAGGUGAACAUACCACUCUGAGGAAAAAAGCACAAUAUACAUAAGUCUGUUUAUUGCUAAACAUUAUUCCCAAAAGCCCUGGAUGAGUGGGGCUGUUGACUGUUGCUGUACUGGAUGGAACAGUAACAGCUUUCAUGCACUGUGGUUUGCACAGACCUCUACAUAAUGUUGGAAAGACAUCAAACCACCAGCCUUGUUAAUGACUAAAUGACUUGAUGUUUACCAUAUUAUGUGGCACCUGAAACUGGAAUCAUCGAUUUAAUAGUGUGCUUUAUACAUAAAUAAUGUUUUGUGAAUGAAUGACAGGGUAUGAAGGCCUCACAACUACAGCUAUAGUUUUUAAAAACGGGCUGGGUAAGCCACAGAAUGGACCUACACUAACAGAUUUUAACGUAGAUAUUUUGUCUUCUCCAGCACAUUAAUGUGAAAGAAAAAAAUCUAAGAGGUUAAAACCUGAGAACCUAUUCCCAUCAGUUUUAACUGUGCUUUAAUCUAUUUUGUGCUAAUUACUUCAUGAUAGGAUGUUAACAGACUUAACAGAAUGGCAAACAUGGUAAAAGCAAUACUUGCUAAAUAGCAACACAUUAGCACGUCAUUGUGAACAUGUUAGCAUGCCACCAUUAGAUUUAGCUUAAAGCAGCUCAGCUAGCCUCACAGAGCUGCUAGCAUAGCUUAGAGUUGUACAAAGUGCCUUGAUUUUAUUGGACUAAAAGUGAUAUGACUUUAAUCAUAUCCACAUGACAACUGUAGGUUAAUUUCUGAUGUUGGAAACAGAAGUUUGACAGGAACUUCUUGUCACAAAGCCCAUUGGCUCGUUUUUUCCAGAGCUUGUAGCCACCUCUCACAUCUGUUAUCAUGUGACCUAAAACCACUAUGUAGGUCAUAUGCUAACAAAUAAGCCAUCUCCAUGACAACUGAUACCACAACAUGCACCUGAAAGCUUUGGAAACCAAAUAAGUAGACCGUGUGAUGCAUAUUCAUUCAAAUAUUAUAUUAUUAUACUGAAGUCUACAACCCAAUGGACUCCGUCAUUGUUACCGUCUUCUCUCCUAGCUUGUUUGAGGGCUAUUUUUACUCCUGUCUUGUUCUCCACAAAGAAAACAUAUGAUCAGCUGGACUGAGAUCCAGGUGACAGGCUUGAAUGGGAUAAAAAAAGCCACUUUAAAAAAGUCCUUAAAACCUGCUAUAUUUAGGAUGACUGACCUGCACUGUGAUAAAAUUGAAGGCAUUGUGUUGUGUCAGCCACUUUGAACAUCUGAACAUCCCCAAACGCUCCUACAGCUUUGAGUCAGCACUUUAACCCCAUGGCCAUUAUUUAAUUUUGUGUUGGAGUACAGACCUAACACAAUGGCAAAACACAUUCCUGGACACCAGAUGCUAAAAACUAUAGAAAGUCACAAAAGCAUAGUAAGAAUGGGUCUUAAAAUGAGAGAUGGAGCAGUACUUCCAUUAUUAAGGUUUGGAGUGUUUGAGCAAUAGUUACUACAUAACUAUUUGGUCACAUGUGUUAGGUAUUUUUAGUCAGAUAGAUAUUGGAUAAAUACUUUAUGUAUUAGAAAUGUUUAGUGGA